AAUGUGUGUGUGUGUGUGUGUGUGUGUGUGUGUGUGUGUGUGUGUGUGUGUGUGUGUGACCCUUGAUGUGACCGGAUGCCACAUGGAAGCGCUGUGUUCCCAUAACUGCCGGGGACUUCAAAGUGCAUCUAACCGUUGCCAGGACACGAUGUUCCCGCCGUUGCUGUCGCUGCUGGUGGUGUUCCUUCCGAUGACGGCCCUGUUGCCUGUAGCUACUCUUUGUCCCACGCCGGGCCAAAAAUGUACCGAUGCUGACAUUAUGGUGGCAGGAGGAGACGUCAGUGUCAGCGUCUUGUCUAGAGAAAUGCCCACAAACGAUUUGAGGAGGUAUUUGUACGUCCGUCCUGAAGCCACUUUUCAAGGAGUCACGCUCAAAGCUCAAGGAAACCAUAGAGAGUACGAGGUGUGGUUUCCUUUACUGAGCCAGUGCUUCUCCGACAAUUCGCGCUGGUGGGAGAUGAAAGUGGCAGUGUGGGAAGAUUGGGACUCCUUUAUGUUCGACGUUAUUUUUGAAGUGGGUGUUGACGGGUGUCCGAUGGCAUGUAAGAUGAAUAUACUCGAGAACGUAUUUUAUAAACUCGAGGUGGUGGCUCACGGCCCGUCCAGCUGGAAAACUAGACCUCCAGAUGCGUCCUGCACCACAGUGAUGCUAGGAAGGAAGACGGAAAUCACGGAAGUCACUUGUCGGGAACCUCCAUCACUGAGGCUUCCACAACUGUGCCCUAAAUUCACCCAGUCAGUGCCUUCAGUGCCUCCCACACGCCCCACUACUACCAAACGUCCCACGCGCCCCACUACUACCAAACGUUCGACGCGCCCCACUAAACCUACUACUACCAAGAGCCCCACGCCUCCUGCACGCCCCACGCGCUUCACGGAACCCACUACUUCGAAGCGCCCCACUACCCCCAAGCACCCCACGCCUCCCAGUAGAUCUCGUGAAACAUCAUCUGCUAACGAGCCGCUGCUGCUUGUGUCGGUGGUGGUCGCUGUGAUUGUGGUGGUGGUGGUGGUGGUGGUGGCGGUGGUGGUGGGAGUGGUGAUAAAAGUCCGGACUUCACUUGCACAAAGAACACCAGCCAGUGAGCCAGUGGCAACAAGGCCUACCUUGGCACCGCGUGCUGGAGCGUCCCCGCCAGUCCCGCCCAAACGGCAUCAGGAAGCCCCGCGUGGCUGGCCCGCUGCGACGCCCCGCUCCCCGCACUCCCCUGCUCGGCGCUGGCAGGACUCAGAGCAUGUGUACGAAGAAAUCUACUGUAACGCUGCCUGAAGACAUUCCGCUGAGCCGCCUGAGAAGUGCACAGGGGACAGGUCUGCAUGCCGCCCUCGGGAAUACCCCUCCUCCUAUGAAUGCCACCACCUCCUGUCUCUACCUCCUCCUCCUCCUCCUCCUCCUCCUCCUCCUCCUCCUCCUUCUUUUCUUCCUCCUCUUCCUUCCACCACUAAUUCUAGAAAGAUUUGUCUCCGCCGUCUUGGUGAGAAGAGGCUGCCCCUUGUAUUGAUGGCGCCUGUCAUUACCUUGUUUCUGUGUUGCCUUGGUCCCUGGAGACUGAUAGCGGGUAACUGGUCGGAGGCUGGGCUGUGUGUGGUACUUUAUGAUUGUUGCGAGUUGUGGAGGGUCACACAAACACUUCAGCAAGUUCUUGAGUAUGUUAAGAUAUAUCACAUGAAUUGGUACAGGAAAUUAAUUUGCUUUAUAUGAUUUUUAUUGUAUAUAUUUCUAUUUGGAUAUUGUCUAAGUUAUAUUGAACCUGUUGUAUUGGUCUUAUAACAUACAGUUGUAUAUUUUCUCGUGGUCUUGUUCGCAGUACUGUCGAUGUGCUUUUGGGUGUAUUGCUGUAAUCAGUAUAAUGUUUCCACAAUGCACUGUAUGUGAUUACUUCCAGCAUUCAGGUUUACAGUCAGUGGUGGUCCGUAAUGUGCAUGGUGGAGCAAUGCAAGGCACUCCUAUGUUUUUUAUUUGUUAGCGUGCAACGGACGUCUAUAGCUGCUCUCCCAGACACGAGAACCUCGACCAUAAUACUGUACUCUGUAUAUCUCUCUGUACCAGCUGUACAUAGUACUGUAUAAUAUAAGAGAUUAAAGCCCAUAGAUUGCUCUUCCUAUCAUCCACACAAAGUAUAGGUUCUAUUUGUCCAACACUCCUUCCACUAAUACCCCCUUCCUUCUCCUCGUCUUUCUCCUUCUUUUUACAAAACAGGAUUUGAGAUAUCUUUUAGAACAUUUUACUGCUCUUUGGGCACAGAACUAUCAACUCCCCAUCCCUACCCUCUGCACACACAAACACACACACACACACACACACACACACACACACACACACACACACACACACACACACACACACACACACACACACACACACACACAUGUGGGCGCAUGAGUUUGUGUACUGAUGUAUUUGUGUAUGUGGGUGCAUGAGUUUGUGUACUGACGUAUGUAUGUAUGCAGGCAUAUGCCUA